AGAAACUUCGAUAGAAGAAAGAAGUGUCGUCCGUUCCUUCUCUGUCGCUCGGUGUUGCUUUGCGAAGAUGCUGUCCGGCGAUAUACCUCCGAGUCAAACUAUCUACAUCAAGAACCUCAAUGAGAAGAUCAAAAAAGAAGAAUUGAAGAGAUCCCUUUAUUGUUUGUUCUCGCAAUAUGGAAGGAUCUUGGAUGUUGUUGCCUUGAAGACACCAAAGCUCCGUGGACAAGCAUGGAUUGUUUUUAGUGAACUGACAGCUGCCAGUAAUGCAUUUCGACAAAUGCAAAAUUUUCCUUUCUAUGAUAAACCUAUGAGGAUACAAUAUGCAAAAAUGAAGUCAGACUGUAUUGCCAAAGCAGAUGGAAGCUAUGUUCCAAGAGAAAAGAAGAAGAAGCAAGAAGAAAAAGCUGAAAGAAAGCGACGUGCUGAAGAAGCAGCACAAUCUGCUAUGGCUAAUGGGGCAGCUACUCAAACUAAUGGAGGUCCAAAUGCUUCCUUCCGCCAAGGGAACACAAACGCACAGGAGCAAGCUGCACCGAACAAUAUUCUCUUCAUACAGAAUUUACCUCACGAGACUACCAGCAUGAUGCUGCAAUUGCUUUUUGCACAGUAUCCAGGCUUCAAAGAAGUCCGGAUGAUCGAAGCAAAGCCAGGUAUUGCCUUUGUCGAGUACGAAGAUGAAGACGAGUCAGCUGUAGCCAUGCAGGCCCUUCAAGGUUUUAAGAUCGCCCCCCAAUUUCCCAUGGCCAUUUCUUUCGCCAAGAAGUAAUCAACACUUGAUUUCUGUCUGUACUUGUUUUGGCAUUCAGAGAGUAUUUGAAAACGAAAAUGUAUCAAUUUCCCAAGUGGAGAUAGAUAUUGUUAGAACUUAGAAGGGUUUGACUGUUACAGCAUUUUAUGUUUCCCAGUUGCUAAUGGUACAAGGGGUUGUUUAUUUGCUGGCAGAACACGAUUGGUUGGCCUGGAUCAAUCAUUGUUUGCAUAAGUUAUUUUUUUUAUU